AUGAACGACACUAUCACAACCACCCGUGGCUGGGUCCCGGAACCCGACGGGAGAGGGACGUGGGGCAUUUUAUCCACUUGCGUUCUCACAAUCAUUCUCUGUUGCUGGACAUCCGUGUCUCCAAAUCUGCCUGCCCAAUCCGAUGGCGCAUUCAGAAAAUGGAGAUACAAAUUCGAUCUUGCUUGUAUUGCAAUACUCGGAUCUGAAUUCCUAUUGAUGCUAGCUCUGGGCCAAUGGUCAUCUGCGCGCUGCUCUGUUAAGCCCCCGGAAAUAGAUCUUUUACCUUCAUUUCCGUUGGACGCCAAGCAGCUCUAUAUCCUAGUCAAGGAGGGAUACGUUGAAUAUCCCAUAUUGGAAAAAGAGGAAAUUGAAGAUAAGAGUAAAUCAGAUGGACUAGCUACGUUAAUGACAAUAGCACAAGUCCUAUGGUUCUCUUUAAACUGCAUCUUUCGUUUUGCCCAGGGACUCUUUCUUACCACACUUGAGCUCACUACCCUCUCCUUUAUUCUGGUCUUUCUCGUGACAUCCUACUGCUGGUAUCACAAACCUAUGGAUAUUAACAAACCAAUCAUCUUGAAACCUAAGAAAUCCGUGGCUAUUAUUCGGAAUAAUCUUGGUCAAAAUUCCGGAUCGAAGUGGUAUGAAACACCACUCGACUUCCUCUCACGAGAUGAGUGGUUUUGCGCUCGAUUUUGGAAAUACUACGUUCAAAUCCUACACUAUAUACAUAUACCGCUAUUUACUCGGCCGGAGCGACGACCAUAUGAUCGCAUUCCAAGUCAUUUCAUUCCAAACGUGGAUACCCAGGCGGAGAUAAUCUGUGCCCCAACAAUCCUUCUCUUCAGCUCUGUGUUUCUUAUUGCCUGGAAUUCCACCUUUCCGUCCGCGACAGAGAAGCUAUUUUGGCGUAUCACUAGUGUGAAUACCUUGGCAUUUGCGUUGGUUGCAGGUCCUCUUUCGCUAUACUUUCACAGAAAAAUGUUUCAACCGGAGUUAGCAAAAGCAAGGGCACAAGCUACACUGAAGCGGAAAAGUGGGUCUAAAAACAGAUGGAUCAGCCGUCUUGCCGCGAGGCUUAGGAAUAUUGAUCCUGAGCAGGAUCCCAACCUGGAAAUCCCCCUUCGAGCUUUGAUACCAAUUUCUUUUGUCUGUGCCUUUUACUGUGUGGGUCGAGGAUUCAUCUUAACGGAAGACUUGAUUGGACUGAGGACCUUGCCGGAGAGUGCGUAUCAAACUGUCUCUUGGUUAAAAUACGUACCGCAUUGGUAA